UUUGCUUUCUGGCUACAUCCUUUGUAGCAUUUCUUUGACUGACAAUAAAAUUAUUUAAGUUGCGGUUGUUGAAUGAUACAUGUAAAAUAAAUUUUCAUCAUUUUCCUUUCCUGUUGCCGACAACAAAUAUUUUACUAUUUUUUAUAUUUACUUUCUACACCCACAUCUACCAACUGCAUUUUUAAUUUCAAUAUUGCUAAGCAUGCGUGUUCUUUCUCUUGCGCUUCUUGUGGCGGCUGCAGUUGUGCCAGCAGCAGCUGGCGUUGCCAGUAUCCCUGAAGCCACCAUCCCGUCCAAGUCGCCAGUGCGCCGCCCCAGACAAAUCAAGCGUGAAGUCUCCCGCAUCAUUGGUGGUGUGGAAGCACCCAGCAACGAGUACAAGUUUAUCACGUACCUCGAAACCUCUAGCGUAUUGUUUGGCGGGUCCAUCUGCACAGGCAGCCUUAUUGCCUCUAACGUUAUUUUGACUGCCGCUCAUUGCGUUUUUGCUACAGACACCAUCAAAUAUUCGGCAGCACAAAUCCAGGCUGGCUUCACCCACGAUAUGCCUGACCCAACUCUGGAAUUCCACGGUUACAAUAUUUCCAAGGUCAUUGCUCACCCCGGGUUUACCAUGGAAGGUCUGAACGACGAUAUCGCUGUGCUCAUUCUUAAAACUCCCGUUGUAAACAGCAUGGUUACCAAGGUCAAGGUAUACACUGGGGAUUUCUAUUUGGACACGCCCCUGGGAGCUGCUGGUUUUGGCAUGGUUGACCCGCUAAACAGCACUGUCUCACCCGAUGUGCUGAUGAAGGUAGACCUCAGAGUUGGAUCCGAUGAGUUCUGUGAGAAGAACAAUAUCGGUUAUAACCACAAGUACCUAAUUUGCACUGACGGAACCGCUGGAAAGGACACGUGUUAUGGUGACAGUGGUGGCCCUCUGAUUACACCUGUUGAUAACGGCUCGGACGGUUUUGCUCUCCUUGGUAUUACUAGCUUUGGAAGUGAUAACGAGGAUAACCCCGAUGGAAUAUGUGCUAUGGCUGGAUCUUCGGGAUUCUACACCCGUGCAGCCACUUACGUUAAUUGGAUUGCCCAGGUUGCAAAUCUGAAUAUCAAGGACUUUACUAUCACCAACACAACAGCGCACGCAGAUGAGGGGAGUCACUCUAAUAUUGACUCGGAGUCAGAGUCGGGGCUCUCUAAUGUUGAAGAGGAUGAGGAGGUUAAGUCUGCGACCAACCCAACAACUUCAGUGACAGGUGGUGUAAAGUCCAAUGCCGAGUCCAGCUCGUCGGGAGCCGACAGAAUCAAGUUUAUGUCUGUUGGCGCUACCGUCCUUGCUGUGCUUGGUGCGGCCGUCUCUGCUAGUUUAUUUUAAUUAGUUUUAUUUUUUAUUUUAGCUGUGCUUCUUAUCAGUUUUAUAAUAACAUAAAUAUACCCUUUUAUCUAAAUUAA